UUGAAAAUAUCUUAUGAAAUCGCAACAAAAGUUUUUAUUCUUCUAAUCCAGGGUACGGUGGUGGCAAAAUUACGACUAGCCGCGAACGCAACACCUGAAAUAGCGCAGAAGAAACGAAUCAAGGAAGAGCUAAUCACAGAAACUGUGCAAAAAGAGCUGGAAGAAAGGCGGAGAAGCUGGGAUGUUAAUAACGGCCAGUUCGAGAAGUUCCGACAAUGGUACAUCGAUUAUCGAAAAGAUAUAUGGCAUAAGUAA